UCUGGACUUCAAUGCUUCGAAAACACAUUAGGGGUCAUUCAACUAGGUGUUCAAUUUUCGAUGUUUGCAUUAAUAUUUGCUCUUUUCAUGAUAUAUUUCCCUUCUGAGCGCAAAAUUGUACCGUAUGUUCGUCACAUACACUUUAAUUCUCCACCGACACGUUGGUCGAACGAUUGGCGUGACUCAAUUUGCAUUGCCAUUGCUAUAACAGUGCAUUUCGUUUUGACUGUUAUUAUUUCAACAUACCUUUUAACAUUUGGUGGUGCUGCUGAAGAUUAUCCGGCUACAAAAUACUGGGCAGACUCUUUAGGCGUCAUGUCUACAAUAUUUGCAUCUAUUCAGUAUUUUCCUCAAAUAAUUAGGACAUGGAGACGAAAGUCUGUAGGCGCACUUAGUAUACCUAUGAUGCUUAUACAAACUCCUGGUUCAUUUCUUUUCGUUUACUCUCUCGCCAUUCGUCCUGGAACAAGGUGGACGACAUGGUUUGUUUUUCUUGUUACUGGAUGUCUUCAAGGUACCCUUCUCAUUAUGUGUAUUUGCUGGCACUACCGAGCAAAACGUCUCGGUCAUGGACCGUUCUAUGUUGGAGAUACAGACUCUGUCGGUAAGCCAUUGGUUCCGGAUGAACAAACGAGAUUGCUUGGUGGACACUCAACUACAUCGUCAAGGUAUAAUAACACUGUACCUGACGUAGAAAAUUCUUAA